AUGCUGUCCGCUCUCCCUCUGCUGGCCCUGCUCUUCGCAGGGCACGCAUACGCUCAAACCGUCAACUUCAUGAACAUCACUGCGCCCUACCAAAACUUCACCACCACCUGCAUCGGCAUCCUGAACCAAGCCGUGGCCUGCGAUUCAAAGAUCAAGCUCGCCGGCAGAGCAGGGGCCUUUGAAUCAGACGCCACCCUGGCGAGCGUGUGCACCGCGUCCUGCACAAACGCCCUCACCAUCUGGGCCCGACGAGUUUCCCAAGUUUGCAGCACGUCUCGAUACUCGACGGAUGGCAAGACCUCUGUGCUGGCCACCUUUCUCGCCCAGGGCAUCGUGGAGACGUACUCGGCCCUUUGCCUCCAGGACAAGCAGGGCAAGUUCUGCCACGCCGUCGUCCGCGACGCCUUCAACUCGGCAGAUUCAGGGACGGCGACAACUAUAGCACCCAGCAUCGCCUGCAACACGUGCGUCGCCUCCAUCCUGAGCACCCAGGCUCAGAUGCCAAUCGGCUACGGCCAGACCCAGCUCCGGAACCAGUAUAGCUCCCUGACGUCCAGCUGCAAGCUCUCGUCCAUGGCGCUCACCUCGCUCGCCACCACCACUACCUGGGCGACGAGCCUGCCCGCCACCCCUACGCCCUCGUGCGCGGGGCAAACCUACACCGUCCGGGCCGGCGACAACUGCCGCACCGUAUCCUUCAGCCGCGGCAUCAGCACCGUCUCCCUCCUGACGGCCAACAACCUGCGGGCCUACUGCGCCAACUUCCCCCAGCCCGGCGGCACCCUCUGCAUCCCCACGGCCCGCGUGUGCAAGCCCUACCAGCUCAAAGCCGACCUCUCUGACACAUGCCACUCCAUCGCCCGCGCCGCCGGCAUCACCUGGACCCAGCUCGUCAGCUGGAACCCCGAACUCGGCGAAUACUGCGAAGCCCUGCCCGCCCUUGCUGCCGGUGCCGGCCCCGUUCUCUGCAUCUCCCAGCCCGGCGGCGGCUGGACCAAUCCCUCUCCGGACCCCUCCACCUCCACCACGACCUCGUACUCUGAAACCUACUUCACCCUCACGCCCACCCCCUUCCCCGCCAAAGCAUCCACAUCCCUCCCCACAACCGCCGUGACCACAACCACCACCGCCAUCGCCACCACCGCAUUAUUCCCCAUGGCCGGCUACGUCGAGCCCUUUGCCAACGGCUCCAUCCUCGACUGCCACCUGCACCGACCACCACCCGUACGACUCAACGGCUCGCUGACCGACUCGUACCUCUGCGCCGACUACGCCGCCUUUUACGGCAUCACGCUCGCCCAGCUGCUGGAAUGGAACCCUUCCCUCCUCGAACAACAGACUAGCGGCGGAUCAGGAUGCUACCUCUGGCCCGGCGAAAAGUACUGCGCGCAGCGAGACAACAGCACGGGGCUCGCGCCGGGCAUGACGGGCGCGUGUGUUGAUAUGCGUGUUGCUGAGAGCGGUGCGAGGGGUGAGUGUGAGGGGUUUCUAGCGUGGUAUGGCCUGGCGGAUGCGAAGGGGAGGGAGGCGUUUGGCGAGUGGAAUCCCAGCGUGCAUGUGGGCGGGGAUUGUGCUGGUUUCAGGCCGGGCAGGACCUAUUGUGUUGCGGUGCGCGGGUUCAGGGCCAAGGGGACGUUUAAGGAUUGUUCGAGGUGGCAUUUGUUGCAGAGGGAGGAUUUGGCGGGUGGUUGUGGCGCGGUGGAAGCGAGGUAUGGAUUGACGCAUGGUCGGUUUGUGGCGUGGAAUCCCGUGUUGGGGAAUGAUUGUUCGGGACUUCGAGUUGGGUAUGAGUACUGCGUGGGAACGCCCCUCCUUCCCGGCACGGGCGGAUAAGCUUAUAAUUACCUGGUAAGAAGGGAGUUGUCGGCGGCGUAUUCUGUUCAAGAGUUAAUAGAAAGUUAGAAACCACCGAAGAAUUGGGUGUAUUCAUUGUAGGCGGUUUGAAGU